GAACUCGUGAAUUAGUGUACCAUCAAUGAUGGCAGAGCACCCACCCUUGCUGGAUACCACUCCGAUUAUAAGUAGUGAAAUUCCUCUUCUAACUUCCCCUAUUGUUAGUGGGGAUGGAGCACAGCAGGUUAUUCUUGUGCAAGUUAAUCCAGGGGAAGCAUUUACAAUAAGAAGAGAAGAUGGACAAUUUCAGUGCAUUACAGGUCCUGCUCAGGUUCCAAUGAUGUCCCCAAAUGGUUCAGUGCCUACUAUUUAUGUGCCUCCUGGAUAUGCCCCACAGGUUAUUGAGGACAACGGUGUUCGAAGGGUUGUGGUGGUCCCCCAGGCUCCAGAGUUUCACCCCGGUGGUCACGCAGUGAUCCACAGGCCUCCGCAUCCCCCCCUGCCCGGCUUCCUUCCUCUUCCCGCCAUGAUCCCCCCUCCGCCGCGCCACAUGUACUCGCCGGUGAGCGGCGCAGGCGACAUGGCGACGCAGUACGUUCCUCAGUACCACACCUCGCAGGUCUACGGCGACGUGGAUACUUUGCCUGCUCAUGGAAGAUCCAACUUUAGAGAUGAAAGGUCUAGUAAAACAUAUGAGCGGUUACAAAAAAAAUUAAAAGAUCGACAUGGAACUCAGAAGGAUAAAUUAAAUAGUCCUCCGUCAUCUCCUCAGAAAUGUCCUUCUCCUACAAAUGAACAUAAUGGACUUGCAAAAGGACAGGAUGCAGCUGGUAUAAGCACAGGUUCUACCAAGAGCAAGGCUGCGGGUAAAGGAAAAAGCAAUUCUCAGACAGACACGGAAGCAGAAGAAAAGGAUGAAGAAACAAAAGCACUCGAAGCACUUCUUUCUAAUAUAGCCAAGCCAGUGGUGUCAGACAUUGAGGCAAGAGCAGCGCUGCUGGCCUGGUCCCCUCCAACCAGUGAUGCCGGAGAAGAUGCUGACAAGAAUAAUAUACCAGAGGUUUAUACGUAUGAGGUUAUGAUUUCAAACACCGGAAAAGACGGAAAAUACAAAACAGUGUAUAGUGGAGAAGAAAACAAAGUUACUGUAAAUGAUCUCAGGCCAGCAACUGACUACCAUGUAAAAGUCCAAGCAGAAAGCAACUGCGUAAAGGGGAGUCCUUCAGAAGCAGAGAGUUUUACCACGAUGAGCUGUGAACCUGAUACUCCAAAUCUUCCUAGGAUAACUAAUCGGACCAAAAAUUCUCUUACUUUGCAGUGGAAGGCAUCUUGUGACAACGGUUCUAAAAUCCACAGUUAUCUUUUAGAAUGGGAUGAAGGAAAAGGAAAUGGAGAAUUUUCCCAGUGUUAUUAUGGCCAACAGAAGCAGUAUAGGAUUACUAAACUAUCACCAGCAAUGGGGUACACCUUUAGACUAGCAGCCAAAAAUGACAUGGGGAUGAGCGGUUUUAGUGAAGAAGUCCUGUAUCAUACCUCAGGCACUGCCCCAACCACACCAGCAAGCCCUUUGCUGAUUAAUGCUGGAGUUACUUGGUUAUCUCUACAGUGGACUAAACCCUCAGGAACACCAUCAGAUGAAGGAAUCUCGUAUAUAUUAGAGAUGGAGGAUGAGAACUCAGGAUAUGGUUUCAAGCCAAAAUAUGAUGGUGAUGAUCUUACCUACAUAGUGAAGAAUCUGAGGCGUAGUACGAAGUACAAGUUUAGGGUCAUUGCCUAUAACUCAGAAGGGAAGAGCUGUCCAAGUGAGGCAGUAGAGUAUGUUACUUGCCCAGACAAGCCUGGAGUUCCUUCAAAGCCCUCAGUGAAGGGAAAAAUUCACGCACAGAGUUUUAAAAUAGUUUGGGAUCCACCAAAAGACAAUGGAGGAGCAGCAAUAAAUACGUAUGUUGUGGAAAUGUCUGAAGGCUUAAAUGGAAGCAGAUGGGAUGUAAUAUACAGUGGAGCUGCCAGGGAACACUUGUGUGACCGACUAAAUCCUGGUUGUUCCUAUCGCUUGCGUGUAUACUGCAUUGGAGAAGGAGGACAGAGCACGGCAUCUGAUUCUUUACUAGUGCAGACUCCAGCAGUGGUUCCUGGUCCGUGCCAGCCUCCCAGGCUACAGGGCAGACCAAGAGCAAGGGAAAUUCAGCUGCGCUGGGGACCUCCUCAGGUGGAUGGCGGUUCACCCAUUACCUGUUACGGCCUGGAAAUGUUCCAGGCGGAAAGCGAGGAGCACAGGGAGGUUUACCAAGGCGCGGAUGUGGAAUGCACCGUGAGCAGCUUGCUGCCCGGGAGGGUGUACAGCUUCAGGCUGCGCGCCGCCAACAAGGCCGGGUUUGGACCUUACUCAGAAAAAUGUGAAGUCACCACAGCACCUGGACCUCCUGAUCAGUGCAGACCGCCGCAAGUGACGUGCAGAUCUGCUGCCUGUGCCCAGGUGUCUUGGGAGGUUCCUCUUUGUAACGGAGCCGAUGUCACGGAAUAUCGGCUGGAGUGGGGCGGCGUGGAAGGAUGCAUGCAGCUCUCCUACUGCGGGCCUGGCCUCAGCUGGGAAGUGAAGGGACUGUCACCUGCCACUAUCUACUACUGCAGGGUCCAGGCAGCGAACGUCGCGGGCGCGGGCCCCUUCAGCGAGGUGGUGGCCUGCAUGACUCCCGCCUCCGUUCCUGCAGUGGUGACCUGCCUCCGGGGGCUGAGUGAGGACGAAGUGGAAAAUCCACAUUAUUCUCCUUCCACAUGCCUUGCUAUAAGCUGGGAAAAACCUUGUGACCACGGGUCUGAAAUCCUUGGCUACAGCGUCGACUUUGGAGAUAAGCAGCCAAUAACCGUUGGGAAGGUUCUGAGCUAUUUCAUAGAUGGUUUGCAACCAGAUACAACGUACAGAAUACGAAUUCAAGCCCUCAACAGUCUCGGAGCGGGUCCUUUCAGCCCCACGAUCAAACUGAAGACGAAGCCGCUGCCCCCGGAGCCGCCGCGCCUGGAAUGCGCCGCGUCCAGCUCGCAGACGCUGAAGCUCAAGUGGGGCGAGGGGGCGGCGCGGGCGCUGCCGGACGCCGUGCAGUACCACCUGCAGAUGGGCGACAGGAGCGGCAGGGGGGGCCCCGCGUUCGUAUCCUUAUACAGAGGACCGUGUCAUACGUACAAAGUACAAAGGCUCAGUGAGUCCACAUCAUACAAAUUUUGUAUUCAGGCAUGUAACGAAGCCGGCGAAGGGCCCCUUUCUCAAGAAUACGUUUUCACGACUCCCAAAUCUGUUCCAGCUGCCUUGAAAGCACCAAGGAUAGAGAGAAUAAAUGAUCACGCUUGUGAAGUCACCUGGGAGGCUUUGCAGCCCAUGAAGGGUGAUCCAGUCAUCUACUGCCUUCAGGUCAUGGUGGGGAAGGACUCAGAAUUCAAGCAGGCCUACAAGGGUCCCGAGUGCUCCUUCCGCUACACGGGCCUGCAGCCGAACUGUGAGUACCGUUUCCGCGCUUGUGCCAUCCGCCAGUGCCAGGAGGCAGCGGCUGCCCAGGAGCUCGUGGGCCCCUACAGCGCCGCCGCGCUCUUGGUGUCGCAGCGGCCGGAGCCGCCGGCGAGCGCCGCCAAGGACCCCGCGCAGCCCCCACGGACGCAGUGGUCGCAGAGCGACCAGGUGUGCGCUGCCGUCAUCCUCGCGCUCUUCGCCAUCUUCUCCAUCCUGAUCGCUGUUGUCAUUCAGUACUUUGUCAUAAAGUGAAGAAAACUGGUUUAUUUUAGAACGCUGCCCAUUAUGUUUUACUUUCUCAUAAUCGAAAAAUAAUUCUGUUCUCUUGCUUUUACAAAAAAAAUACAACAGGCAUUUAGCACCGGCAUUGGGACUGUCGCAAACCUUUUCAGCCACUUUAAAACGCUUACUGGUAGGUAGAGGCUGACACAUGUUAUUAAAAUGCAAGCCACAGAAAUACGACCUUUCCUUUAAUACGCCUUCUUGCAGUACACAAGCCUUCACACGGGGCAAGCAGUGUUUGAUUAAAAGGGUUUGACCGGUAAACGCACGCGGCAAAACGGCUUCCUGGCCCCCACUUUCCAGAGUUACUUCCAUAACAGGGAAGAAUGUGUAGAACGCAUUUAAAACGUACACUAACUUGUGCUGUAUACAAUAUUAAUCUGAUGCUGUGAAAGCAAUUUAGCGCUGUAUUUCUACCUCCUCAUUUGUCUUAAUUAUUUGGGAAGCAGGAUUGUGAUGAGAAAUAGAAGGGGCUUUUCUCAGGCAGCAAAUAAAAAACUGGAUGGAAGAGCAUGCACGAAAGAAGCUUCUUACCUGAUAAAUGUGGAGUUCUUCACUGCAAGUAGAUGUUUUUGAGAGACUGCAAGGGGAUGGCACAAGUGGUGUAUCUUGCCCCCAGGAUUUGAUGUUUACCCAUAAAAAUGCCUCUUCUUAUGAAUAUAGGAGGGAGAGUGUGAGAGAACUUUUGAGAUUUAUUAUUUAAAUUAAAAAAAAAAAUCAUUUCUGAAGUUGACCUUUGAUUGGAUGCAGUUUCUACAGAUGUCUGUGCCCUCUGAGUUUGGCUAGUUGCAGAUUUUCCUGAGAUAAAAUUCACCAUCAGCUUUUUGCUGUUACCCCCAGCAUUCAUUUGCCAUAUCCACCAGAAUCAAGCACUGCCUUUUUUUCCCCUUUUUUUUUCUUUUUUCUUUUUUUCUUCCUCCUUUGGGGCACCAAAUCGGAAGACAAAGUGUAGUAAAUUUGCACCAGAGAACUUAAAGCUGCUUUUUUUUUCUUGAGAUCCUAAUGUUUAAUGUAAUGUCUCUUUGGAUACUGUACCAAAUUGUUGAUUGCAUGUAGUUAAUGUUGCAUUAGAGCACUUUGCAAUCGCAUAACUCAUCAAUGUUUUGUGAGCUUGCAUUUGUGAGUUCUUGGAUGACCAGACUGAAUUUUAUCAAGCAUCCCAUUGAACAUCUUGCUAGAUGUCAAUGACUGCCAGUGACACAAAGCUUCUAGUGAAACUAUCUUUAAAAAAGAAAAAUUCCUGUCUCAUCACACUCACGUUAUUUGUUAUACACUUUGUAAUUAGCUCUUUUAAUUUAUUUGAGUUACGAGAUAGUGGAUCAUUAAUGACUCCUAGUUGUGUUGAGUUUAGCAUUUUUAAUGGUAUUAAACACUUCUGUCAGUCUUAAUAAUAAUAAAAAAGGAACCUCUGUCUUGUGCUUUGAAGAUCUCUGAAGAAUUUCUUAUAUUAGAACGGGCAUGUAUUGUAACUGUUUAUACGUCCAAUGAUCUGUGCUGUAGAAUAAUGUUGCUGAGUUUUGUUUUAAA